UAUCACUAAUUUCUUAGCAAUUUCACAACUAAAUAAAAUGGCACACAUUUCAAGUAAACACUUUGUGAGUUGAGUGAGUGAAGUAAUAUAAUAAAUGCCAAUUCCAAACGGUUCACAAUUUUCAGUAGUUCCAUUCCAUCUCCAACUCCAACAAUGGCAGAUCUUCAUACCAGUACCCAAAACCCACCACCACCAUACGACCUCAUCAUACUCGGAGCUUCAGGCUUCACAGGCAAAUACGUAGUCAAAGAAGCCUUAAAAUUCCUCAACACACCAUCUUCACCUCUCAACUCCAUAGCCUUAGCCGGUAGAAACCCAGCAAAACUCACUCAAACCCUCAAAUGGGCAACCCACCCAAACCCCCCACCUCCAAUUCCCAUCCUCACAGCCGACACAAACGACGUCUCAUCACUCCACCACCUCUGUUCCCAAACCAAGAUCAUCCUCAACUGCGUGGGUCCAUUUCGCCUCCACGGCGACCCGGUCGUUGCGGCCUGCGUUGAGAUUGGGACCGAUUAUUUGGAUAUUACAGGAGAGCCUGAGUUUAUGGAGCUAAUGGAGGCUAGGUAUCACCAGAAGGCGGUGGAUUCGGGUUCUUUGGUUGUUUCGGCUUGUGGGUUUGAUUCUGUUCCGGCUGAGAUGGGUUUGUUGUUCAAUUCUCGGCAGUGGGUUGACCCGGCUGUGCCGAAUCGGGUCGAUGCUUAUCUGAGUUUGGAGUCUGAUAAGAAGAUUGUUGGGAAUAUUGGGACCUUUGAGUCUGCGGUUUUGGGUGUGAGUAGUGUUCAUAACUUGAGGGAGCUAAGGAGGUCUAGACCCAAAAGAAGUAAACCAGUGAUUCCUGGGCCAACCCCGAAAUGGCCAGUUUUAGAACACCAGAAAAAGAUAGGCUUAUGGGCUUUAAAGCUCCCUUCUGCAGAUGCCAUUGUUGUUCGGAGAACGUUUUCAACACUGACUGAAAACCCUGGUGGUCUUCCCGGGAAGAACGAGAGUAUAGAACAAAUUUUUAACCGGGAGGCUUAUUGGUCAACGGUGAAGCCGGCUCAUUUUGGAGUAAAGUUUGGCUCUAAAUCGUUGCUGAGCAUUUUAUAUGUCAUGACAUUUGGAGUAAUUCUUGGUAUCUUUGGUCAAUUUUCUUUUGGGAGGCGGCUUCUCUUCAAAUUUCCCUCAUUUUUUAGCCUUGGAUUGUUCAGCAAGAAGGGUCCCUCGGAGGAUGAGGUGAAAAGUGCUUCGUUUAAGAUGUGGUUCGUCGGACAUGGUUACAGUGAUACCAGUCUUGUUUCACAAGAAAAAUCGAAACCCGACAUGGAAAUCGUGACAAGAGUGAUGGGUCCAGAGAUUGGAUAUGUGACCACACCAAUAAUUCUGGUUCAGUGUGCUCUCAUUCUUCUGAACCAACGUGAUAACCUUCCUAAGGGAGGAGUUUUCACACCCGGGAUUGUUUUCGGUCCAACCGAUCUCCAACAACGACUCCAAGACAAUGGAAUCACCUUUGAUGUUGUUUCAAGGAAUGUGCUUUAAGCACUCUACUCAACAGAAUGAAAAAACUGUAUUUGACAUUGUUGUCAUCUCAUAAAAGGGUCUCACCCAUUAAGAGUAUUAGUUAGUUAGCUGCUUUGUAAGAACAAUUAUUAGUUUUGGUUUUUAUCAGUUAUUGUUCGAAA